AUGUUUCGUUCUGCAUCUUCCUCGUUCUUUCGCAACUCUCUCUCUUUAAAAAAAGCAGCAUGGACGAGACGAAGGUUAAUAUCGGGAUUAAAAAACUCAUUGUUUCCUGGGCAAGGAUGGCCAACGAUAAUGAUGAAUGUUAAUUCUAUGAUUGUUUUUCAUACAGGUUUUGACACCUCCCGGAGAGAAAUAUCCAAUCAUCUUGAUUCUUCACCAUCAUCAUCAUCAAUCAAACCACAAUCCACACCUAAACAUGCCAAAGAACAAAUACCAGCAUUAAGAGCGAAAAAACCAACACAUCUCAUUCGAAAACCUUUUAUAGACACAAUUCAUGAUCCUCAAAUGAAACAACUUUCACAAAACGCACAAGAAUUUUGGGAAAUGGAUCAAAAUGGUGCCAUUGAAUAUUUAGAACAGAAAUUAGCAACAGCCUUGAACGAAAUUUCUGCCAAAAACAACAACGACAACACAAAUAUUGACAUUAAAUAUGAAGUGAGUGUGGCCAAAGUAGCGGAACAAUUAGCAACCAUGUACUAUGCCAUGGAGAGAUUUGAUAAAGCCCUCAAUCUAUUCUCAGAGCUAAAAGACAAGUAUUAUUCAUACAGAAAAUACAUUGUAAAGAAAACAAAUCAAACACAAGAGGAGAGUGACGAUCAAGAAGAAAUUAUUGAAAACGACUCCUUUGCCAUUGUAGCAACCAAUUUAUCGGACUGUUUAAUAGGAUUGGGACAAGAGAAGGAAGGAAGACAAGCACUUUUAGACGCGUUGAAUGCAUGCAAUUAUGGUCGUGAAGGCCUUCAAUCUGGACCUAUUACUGAAAAACUGUCAUAUAUGGCCCUUCAAGAUUCGAAAGCAAAACAUUUAGAUCUCUCUCAGAAAAUGCAAAUUCUUAAAGAUGCCAUUGAACUCAUUGAUUCCCGAGAAAAGGAUACACAGAACUGUGAUGUUUUGUACGCAAAGGGAAUUUUAUAUGAAGAAUUAUCUAAAAUUUUGCCUGUUACAAGGGUGACCGAAAGGGAGCAAUAUCUUGAAAACGCUGUUCAAAACUAUAAGAAAAUGUUAGAAAUAGAUCCUACUCAGUAUCAUGCCAUGAUGAAUGCUGGUGAUUGUUGUUGCAAACUUGGAAAAGAUGCAGAGGGGUUGAGUUAUUACAAUCUAUUUAUUGACAAUUUUGACGAAAUCCUCAAAGAUGGCCGAUUUAAAACCAAAAAUUUAGAUGUUUUCUCCAUGUAUGUGGACAUUAUUGUGAAAUUAGGAAUUGCCUAUGCAAAAUUUGAGGACUAUAAGAUGGCUAUCAAACAAUUUGGAAUUUGCAUUUCAUUUAUUGACCAGGUAUUGCAACAUAAUUCUGCGCCAAAUGCAGCUGCAUUAAGGUUUUACAAAGUGGCUGCAUUAAAUAAGAGAGGAAUUUGUUUCUUACGCCAACAUGAGUACUGGAAAUGUGUAAAUGACAACACAGAGGCAAUUAAUAUUGAUAAUACAUAUUUUCCUGCAUUUAGAGAUCGAGCUGCAGCAUAUGAAGCUCUUGGAAAAUUAGACUUAGCAAAGGAGGAUAAGGUUCAAUGUGAAUACUUGAAAAGAAAGUAUGCUGUUAGCACCACUUUUUAA